AGUAGCAAAGCACACACGAGUAGGUAGCGUGACCAGGCCAGCGUGGUGAGUCGACGAUGAAGGUUCUCCUGGUGAUGUUCCUGGUCGUGGCCGCCGCGGGCCUCGCCGCGGUGCAUGGUGCGGGCGAGUGCGGGGCGACGCCGCCGGACAGGAUGGCGCUGAAGCUGGCGCCGUGCGCUUCGGCGGCGCUGGACCCCAAGUCCGCGCCGUCCAGCGGCUGCUGCACGGCGGUGCUCACCAUCGGGAAGCAGAGCCCUCAGUGCCUCUGCGCCGUCAUGCUGUCCAACACCGCCAAGAACUCCGGGAUCAAGCCCGAGGUCGCCAUCACCAUCCCCAAGCGCUGCAACAUCGUCGACCGCCCCGUCGGCUACAAGUGCGGAGAUUACACUCUGCCAUGAUCUACAAGGACUUCAGGGCUGGUGUGUGAUCUGUCGGAGUAUCACUCAAGCACGAUGUCGUUUACGAUGUGUGUGUGUGUUGCUAAUAAAUGAGACUUGAGAGUAGCAUCCAUGUGGGACUCUGGUACGAUGAGUGUGUCACUAGGUACGUACGUAUGUCCAGGGCUCCAGAUAUGUUGCCCAGCAUUCUCGAAAUAAAACUUGUCUUUUUCGAUAAA